AUGCGAUUCAUACUGGUUUUCUCAAAUAUUUUUAUUGUUGCUAUUGCUAUAACGAAUACAAAUGGUCAACAUUUAAUCAAAUUUACUGAGGAAACUUUAAAUCAAUUACGAUUAACACCUUCACGUCUAUCAACAUCGGUAUCUUACAUUGAUUUUGAAAUAUUAAAUGAACGUCAAUGUGCUAUUGAAUGUAUAAAAGACCAAUCAAUAUGUACAGGUUUUUUCUAUGAUGCGACAAAUAAAUUAUGUUCUUUAUUUGAUGAUUUAACUAAAAUUGUUGAUAAUGAUAUAACUAGUUUACGGCAAGAAAUUAAACCGAAUGUUUGUGACAAAAUUAAAUGUGAACCAGGUGCAAUUUGUGUUAGUAAUACUCGUGAAGGAAAACAAAUACCAAGUUGUGUUUGUUUAAAUGGACAAUCGACACCUGAUGAUUGUGAUAAAAUAGAAACUGGUAUAUGGACUGAUUAUAAUGAUUGGUCUGUAUGUAGUGUCACAUGUGGUGAAGGCUAUCGAUUUCGUAAGCGUGAAUGUUUAUCAUCUACUGAUAAAACUCAAAAAAUUCCAAGCGAUAAUUGUAUUGGUACAAAUAUUGAAAUACAACCAUGCAAUAUAACAACUUGUCCAGUCUAUGGUCCAUGGACACCAUGGACACCAUGUUCAAAAUUUUGUGGUAUUGGUAUAAAACAACGUAAUCGUUCAUGUAUUCCACCUGAUUCAAACUGUGGAAAUUAUACACAUGAACAAAGAGCUUGUGGUGUAGCCAAUUGUCAACGUGUUGCUGGUAUUAAAGAAACUGAACCAGAUAAAUAUCCGUUAAAAGGAUAUUUAGCUAUUCGAGAAGGUGAUAUUUUAUGUGUACCACAAAAAAGUACUGGAAUGGCAAAGCAUAUGGCUGAUUUAGUUUGCAAAUCAAUUGGUCUUCCACGUGGUGCACAAUAUGCUAUUCUAAAUCCUAUUCGACAUAAUUCUACUUGUUAUCCGGGUAUAUUAUGUGAUGGAACUGAAAAAGAUUUUUAUGAAUGUAAAUAUGAUCGAACGCAAACAUCUAAUAAUGUUAGUGAUUUAUUUGCUGUUAUAACAAGAUGUAUUGUCGAUGGUGGUUUUUCACCAUGGUCUGAUUGGUCACUAUGUUCGAAAUCUUGUGGUACUGGUCAAACAAGACGUUUUCGAACUUGUACUGAUCCAUCACCAUCAGUACCUGAACCUGAAACUAUUAUUGAUAAUCUUUUAUUAGCCGGAAUGAAUUGUACUGGUGAUUAUAAACAAGUUAAAACUUGUAAUGAACAAUCAUGUUAA